CCUCCCGCCGCUAUCCUGCCUCCUGCAGCCGGGAGCCGGACCCGGCUCGCCCGAGAGGGGCUGCGCUCGCCGGCCCGGGCAGGGCAGGGGGUGCUGCUGCGGGCGGUGGCCACGCUCGGGGUGGAGCUGGAGCUGGAGCUGGGCGGCCCCGGCCCCGUCCCGUGCGGGGGAGCGGCUCCUCGCAGCCUCGCUGCCCCGUCCCGCCCGCUCCUGUGCCGCGGCUCAUGAGGUGAAGAUGGUGAUCCGCGUCUUCGUCGCCUCCUCCUCGGGCUCGGUGGCGAUAAAGAAGAGGCAACAGGAUGUGGUGAGGUUUCUAGAAGCCAAUCGCAUAGAGUUUGAAGAAGUGGAUAUCACCAUGUCAGAGGAGAAGAGACAAUGGAUGUAUAAAAAUAUUCCAGAGGAUAGGCAGCCUGCACAAGGCAAUCCUCUGCCUCCACAGAUAUUCAGUGAUGAUCGGUACUGUGGGGAUUAUGAUGGCUUUUUUGAAUCAAAGGAGAGCAACACUGUAUUCUCCUUUCUUGGACUGAAACCUACUUUGGCAUCAAAGGAGUCAGAGCCCUAGAAGGCCCAUGUGAAGUAUCAACAAGCACAUUCCUGAAUGAGUGACUCUAUUCUUCAGCACAUAACAGCUUCCCUAAUGGAUAACUGUGAUAGAGCAAACAUGUGUCACUAGUGGUAGUCUGCUUGCCAUGAGAUGGUGCUCUCCAAUAAUGUGGGGCUAAUAACACGCAUAGGAAAUAGGAUUAAAGCUGGGCUACUCAUCUUCUGUUGUAAAAAUGCUCACUGUUGAUGUUUCACUUUUGUCUUUGGAAUGCUUUUGCAACUGGCCCUGAUACUCUAACAGGCACAUGUGAUUGAGAAUAAGGAGAGGAAGUGUAGGGCUUGUAUCAUUCAUGAGUUUACUUAUGUUGUCAUAUUCCUUACCUUUUUUAAUUCUUCCCACUACUGUAGUUCAAAUUAGCUCAUCAUGAUAGUUAAAAUGCUGGUGGUUAUUAUGAUAUUUGUGCUGGCUAUGAUCCAGAAAGUAAAAAGCAUCAAUCUUGAGAUCUCAGUCUAAGCCAAUAGCUGCCAUAUUUUUACUCUACAUUUAUUUAUUGUGAUGUUUAUUCUAGAUCAUGGUUAUUUUAAGAGACAUGGGCUGCUAAUCUUGUUAAUGAAGACUUGAUUUGUCUAAUGAUGCACACUGCAACUGACUGUUUAAAACAAGUUCCUAUCAUGAAGGAGGUGCCAAAGUGAAAUAUUUUGACAUGUUUCCAUGUGCAGGUGAAGUGUUCAGUAAAACACUCGGUGGAAAUACUGGGGAGUUCAGAAGAGCUAAAGGGGGGUCUCACAGCUAAUGAUAAUAUGAAGUUCUCUCUUAACUGAGAAAGUCUUAACACCCAGGGUUGGAGCUCUAUAGUUGGACUGUCUUAAAAUGUAAUUUUGCCAAAACUUCAGUUUACCUUCAGUAACACCCAGCUCCACCACAAGCCACGUGAGAGUCAGGGGGAUACUUUGAGAGCCAGGUUUCAGUCCCAUGAUGGUUAACCACUCCACCAUGGCCCAAGAGCAUGCCUAACUUGCCUUGCUGUCGUCCUGGUUAUAUCCCCAACGUGGUCAUGUGGAGGUGCCUCAAAGGCAGUGAGAAAGCUGAGUGUGUGCUUUGCCAAAUGAGGCCAGAGAGGUUGCUCAGCUCAGGCUGGAACAGGAGCCGAGUAAAGGAAGUGAAGAUCUUUCCAGUGGGACUUCACUGAUGCAUAUAGCAGAACUUAGGCCCAUGACUUGCCAAAAACCAUUACAAAAUGCAUUCUAGACAGAAGUAAAAUUGCAUCAUGCAUUAUGAAUGAAGUCUGGCUAUAGAAAUAACAGAUAUGCUGUAGUGUAGUUUUUACUCAAGUGAUUUCAUACUGGCAAGGUAGUGCCAUCAGGCUGGACAUGUUUAUGUCAUUGGGUAAAUGAAAGACAAUUACUAUAUAGAAAAGCUACUCUGCAAUCACAGCAUCUCUCAGGCUGUGUGGUUUGAAGGAAGCCAGACUUGUAAAAAGUGUCAGAAAGCAACACUUUCACAACAACAGCUACACUGUGGAACAAAUCACAUGUUCUGUUGAUAUCAGUAAUUGUGGCAUACCAGAAAUGUCAGCUGGAAAGGACAACUGAAGGGCUUCUGGUCCAGCACUGUGAAAAUCAGGCCAAAGAACCACACUAGCCUGGAUCAGAUAUGGGCUAGUCUGGCAGAGCAUUAAGAAUAUCCAGAGGUGAAGAUCUCAUAACUCUCAAGGUAACCUGUGACAUUGCUGCAGUGCUUUCCUAGUGAAAACUUUAGCUUUUAAAGUCCAGCUUUGACUCCUAGGCUUUAAUUUGAGACUGCUACCUUUGCUGUGUUUUUGUGGCACUCACAAGAAGAGAUUGGCACCAUUCUUUUUUUAAUGGCCCUCAAGAUAGUUGUAGGCUACCAUUUGGUCACCUCUUAGCCUUCUUCUUACCAGACUGAACAAACCUGGCUGCUCAGCUCUGCUAAAGAGCUAGAUGGAGUAAGAGCACACACAGAUUUGAAGUCAAUGAUUGUAUAUACUGGUCAAAACCUUUGCCAGAGCACCUUCUCCAGAGGAAUCCUGAACAGGCAUUGAUGUAUGUACGUGCAUUUUUAAGAGUUAUGUUGCUUAUAUUAAGGUACUGUGACAUUCUUGUAACCAAUCCCAUACAUUCAUGAGACUUGAACCUCAUUGCAGGAAGGGAAUAUAACAUGAGGUGGAGCUGUACAUUGUUAACUUCACCACAUUCAAUAUACCUAUUCCUAAAAAUAAGUUAAAUAUUUAACUUUGUAAAUGAAUAGAGAUAUAAAUGUAAGUAAUUGUGCAGCUGAUUACAGAGAAGCCAUCCUGGAUUUAUCAUGUACUUGAUACGUCGUAAACUUUGAGAACUGCCUGAAGUCCCAGGUUUAAAAAAUUUACCUAAGUGUGUAAGCAUAUACACAUGAGUAAUCCUACCACACUGAUUUCUCCAGGGGUGAAAUUAGUUUCACAGAUCUCCUUUUGAAUUUUGAUAACUGUAGAGUAGAAGGCUCUCGUUUAGUGAGUGUUAGCCUUGUUUCAGCUGUUAAGUAAACCUGGCUUAUUUCAGAGCACAUGUGUAGGCACAGUCAGUUUAUGGAGGACAACACUAGCUCCAAAGAUAUCCUGCUUGCUUGCAUGGAUUGGCAGUGUAAGUCCCGUAGAAUGUGUGCUUUUGAAUUAUAAAUAGCUAGUUUAAAAAAAAAGGUAUAUAUGUUUGGAUGUGAAUUUUGUCUGUUGUACAACAGCCUUAUUUUUGUAAUUAAAGCAAGUAGACUUCUAGUUUGUUACACAAGAUGAUCUGGAAUUUUUUUAAUCAGUUUUGUAGUGAUGAAAUGUAUCUAUGAGUGAACUGAAAAGAUCUGGGGAAACUGGAGACAUUUAUUGAAAGAAAUAGGAAAUUCUUAACUCUGUUUAAAAUUUUGGCGUAUAAAGUUAUGCUUUAGAACCAAAUGAUCCCAAUUUCUGGCUAAUACUUACAACUACCCCACUUUUUAAAAUGGAGAGCAGUGUGAAUGAAACUGAAUCUUUGUACCUAGCUAAAGUUGCUGUGUGGGCUGACGUGCACAUUCACUGUAUCAGUGGUUUGAUAGAGGUGUUUUUGUUUGUGCCACACACUACUGGAUAGUGCCUUGCCAGAAAGAGGACUGUUUCUGUGGGGUCUUCUUAGAUGUGCUUAAACUUUGAACUGAGAAAGGCAUAGUUUGUAUAUUGCUAUUUUUUUAAUAAUACAGUAAAUUUAUUUUGAGGCCUGAGUCAAAAGGCACAUGCUUUGUAAGAUUGAAACAAUUUUUGAUGAGUCUUCUGAUUUCUUGAUUUUUCCUAGGUAACUUUGUUUUUUAAUUUUCUUUUCCUUUUUGUUGACUGUCUUGAAUCAAAUCUUCCAAGGGAAGUGAAUCUGGAGUAAAGCCCAUAAAUUCAUGUUUACACUUUCUUUAAAAUAGUGUCUGAUUCUAAUGUUGAGCAGCCCAAGUGCUAUCACUGAAAUGAAGAGUAGCUGCCAACUCUCAGUGGAUUUCUCGGUUGUCCCUCCCUGUCCUUUUCCACCAUCAGGCCAUUUAUUUGAGAUGUCCUAUACAGACAAUACCAUGGUUCAGAAGCAGGACCCUGAAAUUGCCUUGUGGCCCUUCACAGGAGUGCAGGAGUGGGGUGAUCAGCAGGAAAAUGCCAGAUCUCAUUAGUUUCCAGCAGCUUAUUCACUGAUUUCCCUGCACCUGGGUGUGUACAGUGGGAGGAGGCUGGAGCCCCAUAUGUUCACCCAUCACAGAGAGCCCGAGUGCAGACCCAGUGCAGAAUGGCCCACAGCUUGCUCUGGCACCCUGAGUGGUUCUCUCAGGGACCCUUGGCUGGCAGUGCCACGUGUGACACCACAGACCACUGCUUUCCACAGCUGCAUCAUGGCCUAUGCUUCACCCUCCUGCUCCCUAAGGAAUUUGGGAGAGAAAACAGAGAACAGCUUCUUGAGAGCAGUCAUUCAGCCAGGGCAGAUCCAGCUUACUCCCUUCUUCCUGAUCUUUACCUCUUCCUCAUGUGUGUCACCCUGUCCUGUGUAGACCUCUCUGUGUGCAAAGCUUCCACUCCCAGCCAUCUGUAACAUCCCUGUGGGGUCCCAAAUGCAGAGCUGGUGUUCCCCUUCACGGCCUCAGUGUUCUGUAACUCGGUAGGGGAGGGAGCAUGUUGCAUCCUAGGUUGUGUACAUGUUAUGUAUUAAACUGUGUUCAUCUAAUAAAAACUACAAUUCAAAAAGUAAA